AUAGUCUUUACUUUUCUUGCUCUUAUUCUCAUCCUUUGUCUCUAGUCUAGGCGUUUAAGUGUUCCUCUUUCCAUGAAAAGUCCAUGUGUUCCUCUUUACUUCAAAAAUACCCACAGAUUUAUCAAAAGCGCAAUAUCUGAUCAGUACCAUGAAAAAGAUGAGAGGAACGAGAUAAGUGGUACACUUGGAGAGAAAGAGAACCAAGGGACAAUGCCAAAACAUGUGGCAAUCAUAUUGGAUGGAAAUAGACGUUGGGCGAAGCAAAACGGACUCACGAUAUCGGAAGGUCAAGAAGCUGGAUGCAGAAGAGCCUUGGAUAUGACUGAGGACUUUUUCAUUGAGGGGAUAAACACUGUUUCACUCUUUGCUUUCUCUACUGAAAAUUGGAGAAGACCCCAGGAUGAAGUUGACUACUGGAUGGUCAUUUUUGAAUUUUUUGCCAAGAUGAUGAUACCUCAAGCCCACAGACAAAAAAUCAAGGUUACGGUUAUCGGAAAGCGGGAAAACAUCCCCGCGUCGCUUCGAGAUGCGAUACUAGAGGUAGAAGAAGCUACAAAGAGCUACGAAGGGAAGCACCUCAUCAUGGCGCUAGACUACAGCGGAAGGUUAGAUAUCUUACAAGCAUGUAAAAGUCUUGCUGAAAAGGCGAAAAACGGCUUGAUCCAAGUGGAGGACAUCGACGAAAAGUUGAUGGAAAACGAACUGAUGACAAAGUGUAGUGAGUUCCCUAUCCCUGAUCUGUUGAUCAGAACCGGUGGAGAACAAAGGAUCAGUAACUUUUUCCUAUGGCAAUCAGCUUACACCGAGCUCUACUUUCCUACUGUUCUGUGGCCUGAGUUCGGCAAGGCUGAGUAUCUCGAGGCCUUGACUUGGUACCAGCAGAGGGAGAGGCGAUUUGGUCUAAGAGUUUAAACUUUGAAUUUCAUAUCUCACGAAUAAAUUGUUCAACUAACGAACAUGUGUAUUUGUUUUUACGUUUACUAGUUUAAAAUGUUACUUUUAAUUUUUAUUGCUUUUUCUGAAUUUCUAGUUUGCAAUUGUUAAUUAUUGUUUUAAGCAA